UUGUGUGAUGUCAAUGUCAUCAUUCCUAACAAACCAACCAUAAUGUUUGAUUUGGUAUUUCUAAUAAUUAGCUUAAUGCACAUAGAUUUCGUUGACCCUCCACAAGCUUAGGAAGCGGUUUGGCGCUGCCUGCUUUGGUCUUUUCCUUCUUCUGCCUCUUUGUCUUACGUAUCCUUCUUCUUUCUUUUUAACCCUUUAAAACUCUCAUUAUAGAUUUAGAAAACACCACCAGAAACAAAAACAUGGUUGCACCUGCAAGACCUCAAUUUGUUCUCUUUGGAUCUUCCAUUGUUCAGCUCAGUUACAGCCAUAGCGGCUGGGGUUCUUUUCUUUCUGACAUCUAUUCUCGUAAGGCAGACAUAUUGUUACGAGGCUACUAUGGAUGGAACUCAAGACGUGCUCUCCAAGUCCUCCAUCAAGUUUUCCCAAAGGAUGCUGCUACACAGCCUUCUCUUGUCAUAGUUUAUUUUGGAGGCAAUGAUUCCAUGGGUCCUCACUCAUCUGGUCUAGGCCCUCACGUGCCACUUCAAGAAUAUAUCGCAAAUAUGAGAAAGAUUCUCGUUCAUAUUCAGAGCCUCUCUGAAAAGACACGUAUCAUUGUUCUCAGCUGUCCUCCUGUCCAUGAGGAAAAAGUGCGUGGAAACACCAGUGCAAUUUUUAGUGAGUUGGUAAGAACAAAUGAAUUAUGUCGAAGCUAUUCGGACGCUUGUAUAAAGCUAUGCAAGGAACUUGGUGUGAAAGUUGUUGAUCUUUUUAAUGCACUACAAAGUAUAGAUGAUUGGGAGAAUGCAUGUUUUACUGAUGGUAUCCAUUUAGCAGCCGAGGGAAGCAAAAUUGUGGUGAAAGAGAUAUUGAAAGUACUUAAGGAGGCUGAUUGGAAGCCAUGCCUCCACUGGAAGUCUAUGCACACUGAAUUUUCAGAAGAUUCACAAUAUGAUCUUGUUGCUGCUGAUGGGAAAAGAACAUUGAAUCCUUCUGAGUGGACUUUUCACAGAGAGGUUCAGUGGGAUUAGGAUGUUGGGUCAUCAACCUUAUAUUUUAGCAGUUUCCUCCUUGUUUAAGUUUUGUUUUAAAAAUAUUGAUUUGUUAUAUGGUGACAAAAUAGUCAUUCAUAAAGUUUAUAAUUUUGUGAUUUCACUAAAAAAUAGCUGAUAUAGUAGAGUGUCAAUGUAGUUUUAUACUUCCGUAGCUAUAUGCAAAAUUCAUCAUGUAUUUGUUAUUCAGGGAGUUUUAAAACCAGUGUAAGUUAUAUGAUGUACGAGACAUAAGUCCUUUAUAAUAACUUAGUUAUUGAGAUGAAUUCAAUCUCAUAACAUUUUCUCCUCCA